AGAAUAUGUAAAAACAUUACCGGAGUUGGUUUAGGGUGUCCCUUUCGAAGGUCGAUCGCAUAGGAAUGUUGUGGAGAUGGCUCGUGAUAGGACUAGUUAUAGUGUGGGGUAGUGGAGGGCAAGUGAUUGAUACAAACAAUGUUGAUUUAUCUACGGUGGACGUCAAAAAGUUGUCAACUAGAACUUACGGAACAGAUCUUCUAUUGUUAGAAAAUACGUAUAGGGACCAAAGUACGUAUAAAUUCGAAGAUUUCUUUUGGACUGGCUCCGGCGAUGGUCCCGAGGACGAAUCAAAUUGGGAUUUUGAAGAAAAUCAAUCGACGAUUUACAAGACAAAAACUGUUGUCACAACCGUGUUCAUUGAAUCAUCAAAUUCGGUAAAUAAUGAGAGUUCCAAAACAAACACCACAAAAUGUUCAAUUGAUUGUACCACAUCUUCACGUGUACCUGAAAGUGAAAUAAAGCCUACUCCAACAUAUACAAAUUAUAGCGACAUUGAUAGCAGCGAAGAAGAUUUUUUCGAUGCCGAUAGACAAUUCUGGUUAUUAACAGUAUUAAAAAGUGAUGGAAAAGACCCUGUGAUUGUAGAGCUCAAAAAUAGCUUAGCUAAACUAUACAAAACCGCCUUUCAAAGACAGCAAGAGAAGCACUUAGGCAUAAGAAACGGAAGAGCUAAACGUCAAACAAAUGGAAAAUUGGUUAAUGUUUAUAUUCAUCAAGUGAAUAGAACUGAUUUGAAUACAAUAGAGGUUCUUUACCAUGUGUCUCUGGAUGGUAAACCUGUGUCUGCUGUUAUAGCCGCUAACGAUAUGCAUUUGUUAACAGACGAAGAGGUUAGGAAGGAAUUGGGUUAUCCAUUUCUAAUCAAAGCAGAGCCGUAUCUUAAGCCCAGUGAGCCACAAGGUCUUUCCGGCGCCAAAAACACUUGGAUGGUAAUUGGAAUCUCGAUAGCGGUUUUUCUGGUGUUCCUCUUGACAUUAGCUUUUAUUUUGGGCUGCUCGAAGAAAAAGAAGAGAGUAGGUACACCGACUAGUAUUGGAGUGGAAAAUAGACAGCAUAUUUUCGAAAGAGGAGUUAGCCGUGAUAAUAAAGGAUUCGUUGGAGAUGUGAAGAAACAAUCGCCUACUUAUAUCAGAUACAGCAACGAUACUACAAGAAAUGUGACGACCGGAAGCAGACCAGGAAGUUCAAUCAGUUCCGUUUCAACAAGUUCGGGAAGUUUGGAUAUUUCUCCUUUAAUGGCCAUUAAAAAACAGCGUCGAACUCCGCCGAAAAAACCACCAAGACCGAAAGCUGCUCUUAACAGAACUGCACCAAUGGGUAUCAGAAAAUUUCCUAUGGAAGUUUUCGAUUCCGAUAGUAGUAGAAAAGAUUCACCGGAUACCGAUUUCGGAGGAAAUUUCGAACCAGGUGUAGUCAGUCCAAAAUCAUAUUUAUCCAUGCCGUCAGUAAAAUCUUUUCCGAGAGGUAGUAUCCCGGAACCUCUCAAUAAAGUUUUGGAACCAGUCAGUAUACAUCAUUUAGAUAUACCUGAUGACGAUUUUAAAGAUCAGGACGACGAAAUUUAUAAAAAAUUCGGUUUGACGAGACAUGGAAGUCUCGGAGCCGUUGAAGACCCCGGUGUUAUUGGACCUAUUGUUUGGACCAUGCACAAAGAAAAAAUGAAUCACGGUGUAAGUGUGGACGAAGGAAUAAACGAUAUUAACACUUCCACUAACUUAACUAAAAUGAGGAAGAGAUUUCACGACCUCCUCGACGAUACUUUCAGUUUAUUCGGCAGUAGAAGAACAAGUCCAGUUGAACAGAAGAGAUUUGACGUUACCUCUAGAGCUACCACGGAGAUAAAGAGUCGUUCGGCAGUUGAUAGAUCAACAGAUGAUUUGAAAGCGCCUCCUCCUAAACCGCGCCCUAGAACGACCGAUCCUAGGAAAGUUGAUCAGCCUCCAACGGGCCCUAAAGGAGCUUGGUCUAGUACAGCGCCAUCUCCUUUAGUCAGACCAUUAAGUGCUGGAAUAAUUAAUCCAUAUCCAAGGGUUAACGUUGAUCAUGUAUUAGCAGAAGGGAAAUUCAGUCCCAACGAUCCCGCAUUAUCUCUAAUAGCAACUCUCAAAUCAGAAAUAGAGAGAAUUUCUCUUCCUGGUAGUACCACUGAUUUAAAUCGAUGAGAAUACCAUGAGAAUAUUUCAUCAUUAACUUGAUUCGACGUUUCUUGCUAUCUACUAUGUGUACGAGGGCGGUUUGAUGGAAGAGUGACUUUUAAAUAUGGCUACUUUUGAAACCUUCAGGAUAAUGUUCACAUAACUUUUUCUCGGUUUCUUUUAUUGGUUUUUGCGAAAGAAAAGAAACAAUCGUCUUCGUAUUUCAUAAAUAUGUAAAUAUUGGGGGGCAUUGGUCAUCAGAAACAUAGUCAUUUUUCUAUUAAAUUGUUUCCAUUUCUGGAAAAGUUGUGGAAAAUAAUGACCUUUGAAAUAUUACUUUGGAAACAAAAUACAGUGUUUAGAUAUAUGAUUUACCUGUCCAGAUUUUUAUUAUUCACAUAGGUUUUUGCAUAGUGAAGAGAAAAUCUAAAAUCUUAUUAAUAAUAUGAAUAAAAAAUAUAUUAUGAUAGUUUCGAAAUAUCUUUGUCAAAACCAAUCGCCCGUCACUGACUCGGUAUAUUAGGUGGGCUGAAUAUUUCACAAGUUUACACAAAUAUGGUACUAUUGGAAGUGAAACUAUGUUAUUUUCAGUUAGUCUUAACCUUCGAAAGGCAUAAGCAUAAUUUUGACAGUUGUCGUACUAAUACUUUGUGAGUUAUACCAUUUUGAGUGAAGCAACUUUUAUCACUUUGAAAAAAAGGAAUUUCGUAUGCUAAUGAAACAUUGCUUUUUGACAAACAAAACUAUUAAAGCCAAGGAUUGGUUUUACUCGGACUUUCUUUCGGGAUAAUCAACCGUUGAGAAGUGGUUUGAUUAGUUUAAACCAGGCGAAAUGAGAACCAAAGACGAAGCAUGCAGAGAACGUCACCGACUACCGAGACCUUAAAGAUGUCGCCAAAGGAACUUGUUGGACAUAUAAUGAGUGAUUAUUUGGGUAUGCAAAAGUAGGUGCAGCGCGAACUCACAAUCACAUCAAUUAGGUUUCGAAUUGCAUCCACCUCUUCUCCAGAUAUGGUCUCUAGCGACUUUUCCUUAUAAAAUCUCAAGAGAACACUCACUGGCGCCGAUGAAGAUGUUUUACCCGAAAUUGAAGCAUAUUUUGAGGGUGGAGACAAAUCAUACUACUAAGUCUAUCAAAAUAAAAGAUUUUUUCUAUGUCCAUCUGUUAUUUACUCUACAAUAUUACUUCUACAAGUCAUUUUUUGAUCUAAAAUUGAGUUUUUUCGAAGUAGACGUAUUCAGGAACAUCGGGAAUGUGCGAAAUAAAACUUCCAGAAUAGUUACGCGGUCUAAAAGUAUAGAAAAAUUAAGAACAGUGGUUUUUCAGUCUUUGAACGACUAUGAAUUAUUUGUGGGAAUUGAAUAUUCAUCUAAACAAAUUAACAAAGUUGUAAAAACUUAUAUUACGUGAAAAAAUUUCUAUGAACCCUUCUAACAGCGAUAUUGGAGCCUGAAAGACCUUCCUGAGUAAUCUAUACAUUUUUUGGUGUGCAAUAUAUGGAAUUGGUAGAUAUUAUCAUUCCUUGCUUUUUUAAAGAGAACAAAUAGGUAAUUAUAGUCAAUACAAAGGAUAUAUGAGUUGAAUAGGAUAACGAAGAAAGUCAAUUCUCUUACAAUUUAUAUGAAGUUAAUUUGCCAGUUUAAAAAUACAAGAAGUUUAUACUUCUUGUACAAAAUAUCUUAACUGGCGCAGUCACUGAAAUAUUUUACCAAACGUGAGUCUAGCUCCUUGAGGACAAGCUAUACCAUUCAGGGGAAAGAAUCGUAUCAAACUGUGACAAGAGACACAACCUUUUAAUUGAACAAAGUACCACAAGAUUUAAAAUUAGUACCGAUAAUAUUAUACCAAUAAAACUUAGAGCAGUAAAUAGUCUGAUAUUUUCUAAAUUUAAAUGGGGGUUCACUGGGGCAGGACAAUUGACAAUUCAUAUAACAGCCCAUUAAACUACAAGCAAUAGAUCUUCAAUCAUCAAACACUUAAGUUAAAUAAAAACAUCGAACAUUUCACUCUUACUUUGGAAUAUUCUCGAAUUUCUAUUAUUCCUAAAAUGAACUAUAAUACAGUUUAAAAUGAAGAAAAUGAAAGAAGAAAGCUUUUGACGAUGUCGUACACUGAUUAUUUUAUGGUAAUAUUGUCAAAAAUCAUGUACUUCACAUCUAUAUAAAAUUUAAUUAUGUUCUUUAUUGUUAGGAAUCACAUAUAUGAGAUUUUCUGUUUUCCAUCUUAUGAUACUUCUUAAAGUCGCCACCGUUCUAAAAAUAAUUAGAUCUGAUUUUAAAUUGAAGUUAAAUAAUGAAGGUAAAGUAUCCCGAACCUAUCAUAAAUUCAGAUUAUAUCAAUAGAAUUUCAACGCAAGAAUAUGAAACGCUGGCUUCGGACAAAUUCAUCUUAAGGGGGCCUUCAAUUUAACUCCUAUAGAUUUCUAUCUGUGGGUUUUUCUCGAAUCUAAAAUACUUGGAUUUGAGACACUAGUUCUUUGCAUUCCCAAUAAUUGUCCUAUAAUAAUCGAUACAAUUUGUUGUAAAACUAAUUAAAAGCUAAAAAUAAUUAACUGUUUUUUAUAAAAAACCAUAUGAAAUUUUCACUCUAUUGUAGUUGUUAAAAUAAUAAAAAAUUGUUUUUAUAUCAUUUUUAAUCAUAAUUUUUAUAUUGUACACAUAUUUACAUUAUUUUAUAUUAUCUGAUAAGUUUUGAUUGUUUUUUUACGAUUUAAUUUAAAGUUGAGAACAAAAAAAUAAUGCUAUCAACAUUAUUGUUGUUUAAAAUAAACAUUUCUUUAAA